UUUUCCAUUUCUGUAAUUUAUCUGGGAGAAGGUUGGAGUGACUUCAGUGGAGGACAAAAUGCGGGAAGUCUGAUUGAGAUGGUUCGGAUAUGUGAUGAGGAGGGGCACAGAUGCCCCGGUUCGUAGGUGUGAGAGGCUAGCAUUGGAUGGUUUUAGGAGGGGUAGGGGUAGGUCGAAGAAGUACUGAGGAGAGGUAAUUAGGUGGGACAUGGUGCAGUUACAGCUUACUAAGGACAUGAACCUAGAUAGGAAGAACUGGAGGACGCAAAUUAGGAUAGAAGACUAGUGUCAGUUUGGGUUGCUAGUGUAAGGUUUUACUUGGUGGGGGGUAUUAUUCUUGUUAUGAGACCUUGUUUCAUGCUUUAUUAUGAUUUUGUUUACUUUUCUCAGUUUACUAUUACUUGUGGGUGUCGUAUUUAUGUUAUGUCAUCUUGUUCCAUGCUUUACUAUGAAUUUGUUUAUUAUUCCUUGUCUUGAGCUGGGGUCUAUCGAAAAUAGCCUUUCUACUUCUUCAGAGGUAGUGGUAUGGACUGCGUACAUCUUACCCUCCCCAGACUCCACUAUGUGGGAAUACACUGGGUUUGUUGUUGUUAUUGUUUCUGAUUAUAAAAAUAAAAUAGCACCUGUUGAUCAUAUGAGGAUGCCAUCUGUGGCACGUAUACUAAAAACUAAAACGGAUUAUUUAUAUAUUUCAAUUUCUCUUGUGAGACCUAUUACUUUAAAUUUAAAUCUUAUGUAUCUUGAUCAUGAGUUGGGACUAACUCUGAUUUUUAAGAGCUGUGUGUGUUCAUCUAAUGGUCAGCACAUUGGUGGGGAAAAUGGGAUAGCAUGCCAUUUUGAUCUCUUAUGUUUUUAAACCUAAGUUGUCUGAUUUUCAAUUGCUUUACUUUUUCUUUUUUAAUGUUUUCUGACACGUUAGUGGGAUAAAUUUGACAAUAAAUUUUUUAAUAUUCAAGAGGAGGCAGCAGACUGGGAUGGAGAGUGGGAUAAAUUUGACAAUAAAGGUAUGCCGUAAGAUGCCAUAUUUGAAUCUAAAAGAGGGGUCAAAGUGCCUCCAGAGACCUGAUUAGUUUCUGUCAUUUUUAGAUCGAAGGACUUUCAUAGUGCCUUCAGAGAUCACUGGAUCAACUUUUUUUUUCCUCCCUAAACUUUGUGCUAUUUUAUUAAUAUCUUUUUCAAGUUUUCGAAAAUUUAAACUCAUCACAUUGUUGAAUAAUUGUCCUCCGCAGAAUUCACGUUUGUGAAAGAGGUCACCCUUGAAGUAUAAAAUGUCAUUGCCCUUCCUAAACCAAAAUCUUCACUGGUUCGGGAGAAAGCAUCUUCUUUGAAUGACCACGCUACUGGAAAAUCAUCUGCUGAUGCCAGCACUGAUGCAAAGUUAGCUAAGUUGCCAAGCCCUGUAAGAGACAGAGCAAUGAGUGAUGGGGAGACUGCCCAUACAGCAAGAAGUUCCACUAAAAGUCCAACCAGGAGUAACGCAGUUGAGAGUUCGUCAAAAGAAUUUGAAGAAUCAAUGAAUAGGAAGGAGCCUACUUUUGAUGGUUCUCCCCGUGCUGCCCAAAGUGAACAAUGGGGAGCUGAAUCUGUGUUCUCUGGGGACAAAAGUUUUGAUGAAUCUGGUUGGGGUACAUUUGAUACAGACCAUGAUGUAGAUGCUGCGUGGGACAUCAAUGCUGCUGCUAGGUGAUAAUCGAUGCUAGAGAUCUCUGAUUUCACCUAAUCAAUGAGAAGUUCAGCUGCUGUUGAUCGUUCUCAUCUUGCACUGCUGUGUCAAUGGCGGUUACUCAAAACUCUACUGCAGAAGCUGCAACUACAACUGCAGCACCUGGGAAUACAGCUACGUCUGGAGUAGAUCCAUGGCAUUAAGUCUAGUAGGAAAAAAUAAGGUAGGUUUUGUAGAUGGUCAAUAUCCAAAAUAUCACUUUGCUGAGUCGUUACAUGAUCAAUGGGAACGAGUUAAUGCAGUAGUUUUGUCGUGGAUUAUGAAUUCAGUGACAAAGGAUCUAUUGAGUAGCAUCAUAUAUGCUUCCAAUGCUCAUAAUGUAUGGAUUGAUUUGAAAGAACGAUUUGAUAAGGUGAAUGGUUUUAGAGUUUUUUUUUUCUGCAUAGAGAAAUUGUUACCCUCUCUCAAGGGACUUUUUCUGUUGCUGACUAUUUCUCUCGCAUGAGAACUCUAUGGGAUGAAUUUGAUGCACUUAUGCCCUCUCCAAGAUGUAAUUGUUCUGAGUCUAGAAGUUAUGCAAAACACUUUGAUUACCAAGGGGUUUUGCAGUUCCUCAUGGGUCUUAAUGAGACAUACUCUCAGUGUCAAAGCCAGAUUCUGCUAAUGACACCUAUUCCAUCCAUCAACAAGGUCUAUUCCAUGAUUGUAGACCAUGAAAGUCAGCGGUUCAUAGCUUCUAGUUCUUCCAUUAGUCAGGUUACUGAUACAUUAGAUACAACAGCCUUUUUUACAAACAAUCCAGGACACAAAAACAAAGGAGUGUAUCUGGGACCUGCUAGCUCGGGUUCUAGCAAUCCAGCUAAGACUGCGGGAAGUUAUAAAGGCAGGAAACCUGCAUCUAAUUACAGAGGUGCUCCACAGAAAAGGUCCCCGGUGGUUUGUAAUUUUUGUGGGUAUAAUGGUCACACAAGGGAACAAUGUUUUAAACUGAUUGGUUAUCCCUUAGACUGGCCUAAAUCUAAGAAGAAUGGAGAAGGACAGUACGCACACCAAGUAGGGAAGGUUGCUCCUUAUACUUAUCCUGAUUCUGGAUACUCUAUGGACACACACUGUACAAGUGAUCAGCUGUCUCAGUCUAGUGCAGUACAAAAUAUAUAACGUCACACUCCAUAUUUUACACUAGAUCAAUACUAACAGAUUGUGAUGCUGCUGAAUAAAGAAAAAAAGGAAAAGGCUUCUACUCCACCAGCAGCAAAUGCAGGUAUUAUGCUAGCUCCAACUAGUUCCACUGUUAGUGAUAAUUGGAUCAUUGACCCUGGUGCUACUAAUCAUAUGGUGUCAA